AUGGCACUUUAUAUUCUGGUGGGACAUAGACAGGAGAUAAUUGAUUCCAUUAUGUGUGCGUCGGCCAAAUAUAACACCCGGGGUCCAGCCCUCAUCCCCAGGAUGAAAACCAAGCACCGCAUCUACUACAUCACUCUCUUUUCCAUAGUUCUGCUCGGCCUCAUCGCCACGGGGAUGUUCCAGUUCUGGCCUCACUCCAUUGAGUCAUCCAGUGACUGGACGGUUGAAAAACGCAGCGUCCACGACGUGCCUGUGGUCAAGCUCCCUGCUGACAGCCCCAUUCCUGAGCGGGGAGACCUCAGCUGCAGGAUGCACACCUGCUUCGACGUCUAUCGCUGCGGCUUCAAUCCCAAAAACAAAAUCAAGGUGUACAUCUACUCCCUGAAAAAAUACGUGGAUGAAUACGGGACGGCGGUGAGCAACACCAUUUCCAGGGAGUACAACGAGCUGCUGACUGCCAUCUCUGACAGUGAAUUCUACACCGACGAUGUCAACCGGGCCUGCCUUUUCGUGCCAUCCAUUGAUGUCCUCAAUCAGAACGCCCUCCGGAUCAAGGAAACAGCUCAGGCUUUGGCACAGUUAUCCAGGUGGGAUCGGGGCAUGAAUCACUUGCUCUUCAAUAUGCUGCCUGGAGGGCCACCAGAUUAUAACACCGCCCUAGACGUUCCUCGAGAUAGAGCUCUGCUGGCUGGUGGAGGCUUCUCCACGUGGACUUACCGGCAAGGCUACGAUGUCAGCAUUCCUGUCUAUAGCCCCUUGUCGGCCGAAGUGGAUCUGCCAGAAAGAGGACCCGGGCCUCGCAGGUACUUCAUCCUGUCAUCUCAAAUGGCUCUGCACCCGGAAUACCGCUCCGAGCUGGAAGCUCUUCAAGCUGAGAACGGGGAAUCCGUGUUGAUCCUGGACAAAUGUACAAAUCUGUCAGAGGGGGUCCCCGCUGUUCGCAAACGUUGUCACAAGAAUCAAGUCUUUGAUUAUCCCCAAGUGCUUCAGCACUGGCCUCGCAGGUACUUCAUCCUGUCAUCUCAAAUGGCUCUGCACCCGGAAUACCGCUCCGAGCUGGAAGCUCUUCAAGCUGAGAACGGGGAAUCCGUGUUGAUCCUGGACAAAUGUACAAAUCUGUCAGAGGGGGUCCCCGCUGUUCGCAAACGUUGUCACAAGAAUCAAGUCUUUGAUUAUCCCCAAGUGCUUCAGGAGUCCACAUUCUGUGUUGUUCUACGUGGAGCCCGCCUGGGCCAGGCUGUGCUAAGUGAUGUUCUUCAAGCUGGCUGUGUCCCAGUCAUCGUUGCUGACUCCUACAUCUUACCUUUCUCGGAGGUUCUGGACUGGAAGAGAGCUUCUGUUGUCAUCCCUGAAGAAAAGAUGCCUGAAAUGUACAGUAUUCUGCAAAGUGUCCCCCAGCGACAGAUUGAAGAGAUGCAGAGACAGGCAAGGUGGUUCUGGGAAGCCUAUUUUCGGUCAAUGAAAGCAAUUGCUCUUGCUACUCUGCAGAUUAUCAAUGAUAGAAUUUACCCCUACGCUGCCAUUUCUUACGAAGAGUGGAAUGAUCCUCCAGCUGUGAAAUGGAGCAGUGUGAGCAACCCACUCUUCCUUCCCCUGAUCCCACCUCAGUCCCAAGGGUUCACAGCCGUAGUCCUCACCUAUGACCGGGUGGAGAGCCUUUUCCGAGUCAUCACGGAGGUGUCCAAAGUGCCCAGUCUGUCCAAAUUGUUAGUUGUCUGGAACAACCAGAACAAGAAUCCACCUGAAGGUCAGUUACACAGUAAGGACAGGAAAUGGAGCAGUGUGAGCAACCCACUCUUCCUUCCCCUGAUCCCACCUCAGUCCCAAGGGUUCACAGCCGUAGUCCUCACCUAUGACCGGGUGGAGAGCCUUUUCCGAGUCAUCACGGAGGUGUCCAAAGUGCCCAGUCUGUCCAAAUUGUUAGUUGUCUGGAACAACCAGAACAAGAAUCCACCUGAAGAUUCCCUCUGGCCAAAGAUCCGUGUUCCUUUGAAAGUUGUUAGGACUGCAGAAAACAAACUGAGUAACCGCUUCUUCCCCUACGACGAGAUCGAAACAGAAGCCGUGUUGGCUAUCGAUGAUGAUAUCAUCAUGCUGACCUCGGAUGAACUCCAGUUUGGCUACGAGGUUUGGAGAGAGUUCCCCGACCGGUUGGUUGGCUAUCCGGGCCGCCUGCACCUUUGGGACCACGAAAUGAACAAAUGGAAAUACGAAUCGGAAUGGACCAAUGAAGUCUCCAUGGUGCUCACCGGAGCGGCGUUUUAUCACAAGUAUUUCAACUACCUUUACACCUACAAAAUGCCUGGAGACAUCAAGAACUGGGUGGACGCUCAUAUGAACUGUGAAGAUAUUGCCAUGAAUUUUCUUGUGGCGAAUGUCACUGGCAAAUCAGUCAUUAAGGUGACCCCACGGAAGAAGUUCAAAUGUCCAGAAUGCACGGCAAUUGAUGGGUUAUCGCUGGACCAGACGCACAUGGUGGAAAGAUCUGAAUGCAUCAAUAAGUUCGCCUCCGUUUUCGGGACCAUGCCUCUGAAGGUGGUGGAGCACCGCGCUGACCCCGUCCUCUACAAAGAUGACUUUCCUGAAAAACUGAAGAGCUUUCCCAAUAUUGGCAGCUUGUGAAGGAAGAGGUGAGACAAAACCUGAGCGACGAAAAAGUUGGCCAGAAAGGUGCUAUGGGGAACAUAAGGCCCUGAAGACAAAAGUCGCUGGAGAACAGGUUACACCUGAGGCAGAUGGGAAUUAAUGUUUUCCUCUGGUAUGCUAUCUUCCCUUUACGUUGCUCAAAGAUGUCAUGGAAAGCUGAACAACUGCUCCUCCGGUGCUCCCAGAGGAUUGAAUCUAUUCAUGGGUCCUCCCAGAAAUGGCAGGCACGGGCUUUUCUCCAAAGGAGGCUGUGCACUUGGAAGAAUAAAACCAGAAUCUCGCUCUCUUGUGGGCUGACUGGCAUGACUGCCCUCUUCUAUCAAAUAAUCUGCUGGAGUUCUCUGAUUUGUAAGCAUCCAUCCUUUCAAAGCAAUUGCCUGCAGUGUAUGGCUGCUCUCUUUUGGGAGAAGCUCAUUGCCCGUGCAGUUGGUUGAGCCUCUGGCUUUUGAGCUUAAUCGUUGUCUUAAGUAACUGUGUAACAAAUCAUCUUUUUUUUAAAUUUUUUUCUUUCCUGCA